GAUAAUCAAAACAAUCAGUUCUCAAUCGAGCGAUCGUCAAAUCAUCAAUUUCAAGCGAUUUGUCAUCGUGGUUCAAAAAGGAGCAAAACAGCGAAAUGCUAAUUGUUCCAUUAAUCAUCGGUGCAAUAUUGCUACCGCUCACAAUUCAACAUUCCUCGAAGGAUAUACAUGCCCAAAGGAAUUCAAAUUAUCAUGGAAAAGGACACCUUCCGGAUUCCUUUGGCUACCAUCAUUCCCCAAAUGCUCCAGACGAUUCCAAAUCCUCCAUCAAUCGCCCGAAGACCCAAGGUUCUCCACGUCUCACCCCGGACUCCAACAGAGCUCCCCACAUCGCAGUCUCCCAGGAUGCUUUACAGGACUACACUUCAAUUGUUACUGGACAAGAACCACCUGCCUCUCCACCAACCGUCAAAGCUCCCAGCCGUCGCAAGCUUCGUGCCGGACGUUCACCUAGUCUCUGGAAAAGAGAUUCUGCUCUAGGAUCUGCUCCCAGUCGCCCAGACUCGUCUCCUCCAAAGCUUCCAGAACUCCACUUGGCUUAUGUCAAUCAUACGACUGUCACGAACGGGACAACUGCGAAUACCACGAAUUCCACCAAACCAGCUCCCACCAACCCUGCCGACUUCCUCAACCACAUCACAGUCGUCGCCCACGUCUCCAACGGGAUCACACUGCAGGCUGGACUUAUGAAUGGAUCAAUUCCGAUUGUGGAAGUAGUUGACGAGCUGUUGGAUUUGGGAAGUGCCAAAGUUGCUGACCUCGUCAGCUUCAAAGAGGAUAAGAUCACCGCGUUAGUCUCAAAAUUGAAGGAAGUUCGACAGGGAGUAGCGGCAAAGGAUGAAACGACUCGUAUGGAGAAUCGAGCAUUUGAAUGGGAGGACUAUCGUCGUAAAUCGGAGUCUUUUGGUGAAGUGGAGAAUCUGCCUGGUAGCACGGAAUACUUUGAUGCAAUUACAAAAUUUCAAUCGGAAUUCAACUUCACUUUGUUCAAUGCUACGUUGAAAAAAAUUGACGCUUUUGGAGGUUCCAUCACGUUUCUUCUCAACAACAACUAUGAACUAAAACGAGACCGGCAAUAUGGUUUAAUUAUCUUGAAAGAUUUUUCUUCUGAAUUUCGGCCGCUCAAAGAUCUUCUAUCAAGCGUUAAGAGAGUUGAUACAACUUUAUAUGCUGCUCUAAUGGAUGGACCAAGAAGAUUCAAACCAAUUCAGACGCUAAUCGAACUCUCAGCUCUCCGUCAAACAUACAGGGCAUUGCACUCGGUUGCUAAAGAAAACCAGAUUAGGUCAAACAUUGAACUUGCUUCGACGUCACAUGCAAUUCGUCAAGCUUCUGAAGAGGAUAUGGUCACUGUCUUGAAGUUUUCCGACAAACACGUGAUGAGACCUGAGAAAAGGUUCACUUCUGGUUUUCCAAAGGGAGUCAUUGAAAUGGAGCUAUUUGAAGAUGAUGUGAAGAGUCAGUGGCUUCUAAAGAUUACAAAUUCGUCUGAUCUGGACAAACGGAGUAUCGUUAACAGUUUGAUGCCAAUGGUCAUUGCCACGGAGACUUUGAGCGCUGUGAACAAGAAUUUGGAGUCCACUUUCCAAGCUGCCAAUGCUCAACAACGUCAGAUGUUCAUGAAAUUCAAGGAGGAGUCAUUUUUGAUACCAACUGACGCUGCUUCUGCUGUUGGAGUUUUGGAAAAAUAUAAAAAAUGCCAAAAUGACGGCGGACAACAAACAGACGACGAACGUAAACCUGGACUCGAGUUUAUGACUAAAGUGAAGUCAGUUGGAGAUAGUCUUGCUGCUCUCAACGGGUUCUCCCGAGCACUCGACUUGGUACAACUGGAGACGGACGUUGCUGACUUUGUUGGAUCAUUCAAUUUCACGGACAUCAAAAACGAGACACAAUCGUUAGCAGAAAUAGCAGAAGUUGUGAACGGACUGAAAAAGUCUGGUAAAUUGGCGAAGAUCCAGGAAAGUGUGAAGAGCAUCGAGCAACAGAUCAAUCACAUUAACUUAGGAAACCUGGAAAGCACAUUACUUCCAAAUCUGAACAAUUCUUUCAUGGAAAACGGAAAGUUCAAAGACGUGAUUUCUGCCGAGACAAAAGUGAGCGAAUGCCUUCAGAAUCUCACAGCCGAUUCCCUGCUGGUUACACAAGCAAUUGCAACGAUCCGAAAGUUGAGAAAGCUGGAUGAUAAACUUCUGGAAAGUGUUCAACAGACGGCAACAUCAGUGGCUCAGUUCUCUGCAACUCUUGCUUCAAUCGAAAAGAUCCCUGACACAAUGAAGAAGAAUGUGAAGAAUGUGACGCUGGAGUUGAACAAGUGGUCCCAAUCCUUGAAUCAAUCCGAUGCAAUCACCCAUUCCGCAAGUGCUCUUCGUGGUGUCUUUGGUCUUCUGGAGCUUGAAUCUUCAAUUGGUCUGCUCAAAGAUGUCGAUGCAAUUGUCAGUGGUGAGAUUGCAAAAGUUCAGGCUACCGAAGACCAGAAGAGGCUUAAAACUCAAUGGGGCGACCACAAGACUGACAUGGCUUCCCUGGAUGCUGCAAUUGUCAAGGCGGAUGCUUUUGUGAAAAAGAUUGACGUCUCCAUGGCCCAAACACUCACCAACUACAGUGCACCUUUAAUGGAUUUGGCUGCAAUUCCUGAUGUGAAUAUCAAUGCAUUGGAAAAAUCGAAAGUCCUCGAGAAGUUGAUCAGCUUGAUGCCACCAGUUGGGAGGAAAAGACGAGCAGCAGCAGACCCGAAGACCCAGCUUAUCGCUGCCAAAGCCGUCCUUGACCAACUUGCCGCAUUGGAUCUUAAAUUUUCGAGUGGUACCAGUGGUGUACAGACAGCUUUCAAAUCGUUCAGCAAUGUCCUCACAAAGUUUUUUGCAACUCAACACAUCAGUGCUCCUCCGAGCAGUAGUGGAAAUAGUGUUGGUACAGGUGGAGGAGGAACAGGUAGUGGAGGUACUGGCAGUGAUUCUGGUGGUGAAUCGGGAAGCGGAUCAGCUGCUGGGAAAACCUCUGGAGGUAGUUCGCCAGUCAACAAGCGCAAAGAGCCUGUCGACUUUCCAACACUUGCUGUUGUUAUCCCACUUGUGGCCAUGCUUCUUGCUGGAGUUGCUAUUGGUGGAUUUUUGUUCCGGCAGCACAAAAUACACGAGAAGGAUCGAGAGGAAGAAAAGAAAAGGAAGACCCAGGAUUUUCAAGAUCAACAGGAUGCUGAUAUAGAAAGGGCCGAGGCUGAUGAACAGAGACGGAAGAUGAAUGUAGAAAGAGCCAAGAAAGACGAAGAAAGAGCCAAGAAAGAUAAGCGUGAUGCGGAGGAAAGACGGAAGAAGGACGAAGAAAGAGCCAAGAAGGAUAAAGAGGACGCGAAGAAGGCGAAGGAAGAUCAGGAAAAGAUCGACAAGCUGGCUGCAGAAGUGAAGGAAAGAGAGGAAAAGUCGCUCGCUCGACACGAGAAAGAAGAGGAGGACGAGAAGAGGAGGUUGAAAGAAGAGGAGGAUGUGAAGCAGCUUAAUAAAGAAAGGGCAAUGGAACGGGAGGAACAACUGAUUGGGGACAUGAAGGUGUGGAUCAUCAGCCAGGAUCACCAGGACGCUGACAAAACUGCUCGAUUUUACAAUGCUACGAUGGAUCAAGUCUAUGUGACGACACUUGACAAGGAUAAUAUGACCAAGUCACUGGGAUACUUGCACAAGGACAAGCACAGAUACGAUGGUGUACCAUGUAAACCGCUGACUGCUGUCGAGGUGAUGGAUAAUGGAAAGCGAGUGCCGAUCCAUGCCAAUUGGAUUCCGACCCACGGACAUCCCCAUCGUUUUAUUGCAACGCAGGGACCCCUCGACAACACGUGUGAAGACUUUUGGGCAAUGUGCGUGUAUCACAAUGUCGACAAGAUUGCAAUGCUUUGUCUGAAUGUGGAGAAAAACGUUAAGAAAUGUGCUGUGUACUUUGCCUCGGAUCCUCCAUCGAAACUGGAUAUCGGACGUUUCCAAAUCACAACCCAGUCGCGCCAACUCAUCUUGAGGGACAAUGUGAUUGAGAGAAAGCUGUUGGUGAAAGACACGACCGGAAAGUUUGAACCAAAAACUGUGACGCACUACCAGCACGUUAAAUGGCCGGAUCGCGAUACACCGAAGACUCAUGUCGACACUUUUGAGCUGAUGGAGCUAGUCAAGAAGAGCGAGAACCCAAUCGUUGUCCACUGCUCUGCUGGAAUCGGAAGAACCACUGCAUUCAUUGGUACCGAAUACCUUGCACGUGAAGUGGAGAACGACCCGAAAAUUGAACUAACCGAGGCGUUGAAGCACUUGCGUGAACAUCGCUGGAAGGGAGUUCAGAUGAGAAGCCAGCUGUACUGGAUGACUUUGGGAGCCGUGUACCGUCUCAUCAGGGAAUACAAUUUCAACAUGCGAAUGCACACGGAUCUAAUGAAAGAUUUUGAUCGAGUCGUCGAACUUCUUGCGGGAUAUGAAAAAAUUAUGAAGCAAGUGGAGGAGAGAGCUGCCAAGGAGGCAAUCAAGGCAAAGGCUAAGAAGGAUUCCAAACCGAAAUCUACUGACGAAAAGAAGGAUGCAGACAAGACUAUUGGACAGUAAGGAUCCUAUUGUAAUUGUAUUGAAAAUGAAUAAAGUCUGCUUUUGAAAAUGAAUAAAGUAUGAUUU